CUCUCUCUCUCUCUCUCUCUCUCUCUCUCUCUCUCUCUCUCUCUCUCUCUCUCUCUCUCUCUCUCUCUCUCUCUCUCUCUCUCUCUCUGUCUCUCUCUCUCUCUCUCUCUCUCUCCCUCUCUCUCACUCUCUCUCACACUCUCUCACUCUCUCUCACUCACUCUGUCUCACUCUCUCUGUGUGUGUUCUGCUCUGAUAGGGACGUCCUGUAAAUUGUCUGUCAUGAGAGAGACAGUGAGACAGUUGUUGAAGAAGGCAGACGGUUCCAGGACGAGUGCUGUCACUCUAUGACAGUAAAAAGGACUGAAGGUGCUGGAUGAGCUGAUCUGAGACCUGUGAACAGAACAUUCAUCUCACGAGAUCUAUUUUACAGUCCCUUUAGAUGAAACCCUUUCACAGCUCUUUCAAUAGCUGAAUGAAUCUUACAUCUGUGGCAGAAAAAUCCAGAUACACAGACGUACAGUACUACCAUAAUCAUGCAUUCACGUGACGCUCCUCAUCAUACUGUUCAAAGAGAAUCAUUGAAUAUGCCUUUACUCGCAACUAUUGUCACAUCUUCCAUUUGUUUGCAUUUUCAUGGAAAACAGACAGUAGGGAUGGGCGACAUGGCCCUAAAACUCUCAUUGCUGCUAUUUGUUGCGAUAACGAUACAAAUGACGAUAUAUCUAUAACACCAUCCACCGCUGAAGUGCAUGUAGUCUAGAGCCUCAGAAACACAAACAUUCAUCAAAAAGUCAAACUUACCCCAAGUCAAACGGCUCCUAAAAUAUACCUACAGUAUUUUAUUUGUGUAAAUAUAAAAUAUAAUAGUGACAUUCGGCUUCAAAAGGUUGUAAAGAAAAAUGUAAUUAACUUAAACUCAAUAAACACAUCAUGUCAUACUUAAACUGUAUAUAUACUAUUGUUGGGCGGAAACGAUCGAUCGCAUCACGCUGUCAAUCACUCUCUCUUGAACUGUGUGAACCUUCUCUUCUCACAGCAACAUACACUGAAUCUGUCUAUGACUCGCGCUACAGAAAGAGAACAGAGAAAUGCGGAUAAAAGAAAUCUAAUUAAAUAAUCCAUGCUUUCAUACGCUCAUAAACGUAUUUAAAAUAACGUAACACAAACUCGCAUGUGUACUGUAUGUGAACAGGCAGCAGUGCUGUGUCGCUGUGAGAGCACAUGUGGCGCGAGCUGCGCACGGGACGCUCCGUUCAUCCUGUACAUAACAGGCAAGAAAUCAUACUAAACUGUUUGCGCACGCGCGCAUAACAUCUAACGAAUGUUUAAAUAAAUGCUUUUAGCCAAACUAAAUGUUGUGGUGUAACGUAUUAUGACUAUCAACGAAUACUUAAACGAAUUAAAUAAAACGAAAGUGAAACUAAACAUGAACUCGGAUGCAUCUACAGUGCCAACCUAAACGAGAUUUAGAGCUUUAGUGCAAACUCUUUCUCGGCUUCACGUCCGCCCUCCGCUACACCCGUUUUCACUUCACAUAUGAGCUGUGAAUGGGUCUCACAAAGAAAUACAUCAUCAACUAGAAUUUAUCGUUUAUAUCGCGGAAAGACUAAUUCCUAUCGUGUGGAGAAUUUCUACCGGUAUAUCGCAAACGAUAUAAUAUCGCCCAUCCCUAACAGACGGUUGCCGUUUCUUCUGUGUCACUCAGAUCGUCACAUGUUUUCUCUUCAUGUUCAACACUGUAGUUUUAUUGUAAAAUAAUCUUUUCAUUGUCAAAUGUUUAUCUAACUGUUCUUUUUUAAAGUUCAGCUCGUGCGUUGUUGUCUAAUGCAGUUACACUCGGUGUCGUCUGAGCGUGCACGGUUUGCAGUUGAAUCUGUGGUGUUAUUUGUCUCUGUGAUAUCUUCAUGAGCGCUACGCUGAAGGGCGACGGGCUGCUGACGUCACCGAGCUUUAUUAGCCACUGCUCGGACGCGCGCCCGGCAUUCACGAGCGUAUGGCUGAAGUGUCCGCCGACCCGCGCGCACCGCACGGCACCGGAUUCUGCGCUCAUGUCCGGGAGUCGACACAGGAAUACGGGAUUCACCAGAACGUGGCCGAGACGCUUUCACCAUCCCAAAGUUUUACCGCCAUCUGCUCUUUACUUCAUGUGAGGGGAAAGGGUGUCUACUGAGCAAUGAACGCAAGCGGGGCGGUCAACGAGAGCAGCACGUGGCUUGAAUCCGAAGCCUUGGAUGGCAACGGGAGCAUCGCGCUGUCCUCCACGGCCCUGGCGUUUCACGUCAACCCGUGGGACAUCAUGCUGUGCCUCUCCGGCACCGUCAUCGCCUGCGAGAACGCCAUCGUGGUGGCCAUCAUCUUCUACACGCCCACCUUGAGGAACCCCAUGUUCGUUCUGAUCGGCAGCCUGGCGACGGCCGACCUCCUCGCCGGGAUUGGAUUAAUUCUCAACUUCGUGUUUCGGUACGUGAUUACCUCGGACACCGUCAGCCUCGUCACGGUGGGCUUCCUGGUGGCGUCCUUCACCGCCUCCGUCAGCAGCCUCCUGGCCAUCACCGUCGACCGCUACCUGUCUCUCUACAACGCGCUGACGUACUUCUCGGAAAAGACGCUGCAGUACGUGCACCUGAUGCUGGUGGGCAGCUGGGGCGCGUCUCUGUGCCUGGGGCUGCUGCCCGUGUUGGGCUGGAACUGUCUGGACGACGCGUCCACCUGCAGCAUCGUGCGGCCCCUCACGCGAACCAACCUCACGCUGCUGGCCGCCUCCUUUUUCCUCAUCUUUCUUCUCAUGCUCAGCCUGUACUUCAAGAUCUGCAAGAUCGUGUGCCGCCACGCGCAUCAGAUCGCCCUCCAGCAGCACUUCUUCACCACCUCGCACUACGUGGCCACCAAGAAGGGCGUCUCCACGCUGGCCAUCAUCCUGGGCACCUUCGGGGCGAGCUGGCUGCCCUUCGCCAUUUACUGUUUGGUGGGAGAGCGCGAGUAUCCUGCGGUGUACACGUACGCCACGCUGCUGCCCGCCACCUACAACUCCAUGAUCAACCCCAUCAUCUACGCCUACAGGAACGCUGACAUCCAGCGCUCCAUCUGUCUGCUCUUCUGCGGCUGUUUUCAGAUGGCCGGCUCGCACCGCUCCAGAUCGCCCAGCGAGGUGUAGCUCCGCGGCCGUCUCUCGUGAUGACGCCACACAAAUGACUGUAGUGCCAUUGCACUUUAAGAAGGACGCCGGAGCGGUGCGUCGAUCUCCGAGCGCUGCGAACAAGACUAACCACACACAUCAUGAAUGUUUGUCUAGAACUGACGGGUUGCACUUGACUGUACAGUUCCACAUGCCAAAGCAGUAUUGCGUAGGCCUACGUGUUUGGAGAGUUCUUGUGUGAGGGGUUUUAUAUGGGCUGGUGUUGUCUCUGACUGUAUGUUUUAUACAUGAACACAAAUAAACCAAGAGUUGAAACCACACGUGACGGUUGGUUUCAUGCCGUUUCGUGACGGUGACAGUGAAUGAAUGAAGGUGUGAAGAGAGAGAUUUAUCAAAGCAGAUGUGAGUAUGGAAACCUAAAGGAUUCUCUCGGUGUUUCGACAUCAUCAUCACAGAUAAUAUGCUACGUGUUGGUUUUGACGGCUCAAACGAAAGCCUGACGUCUCGUUCGGCACCUGCUGUUUCCUCUGACUGCAGUCAUGAGUUCAGUAAUGAAUGUCAGACAGUGACAUCAUCUGUGAUCUGUCGUCUGGGUCACCGAGCUCCUGUAACACAACUCAAACUAGAGUUUCCAUCUGUGUCACUGAAACGCGGCACUCAUGAAGCACCAGAUAUAAAACAUGUCUGCAGUUCACAGCGUUCAGCCCAAAAUAAGAAUUCUCUCAUUUAUUCACUCUCAUGUCAUGUCAUACCUGUGUGAGUUUCUUUCUUUCUUCAGAACACAACAGAAGAUAUUUUGAAGAAUGUUGAUCAUCAAACAGCACUGAACUCCAUUGACUUCCAUCGUGUGAACACAAAACCACUGAGACGUUUCUCAAAAUAUCUUCUCUCGUGUUUUACCCGAGAGUCACAUACAGAUUAAAACCACAUGAGAGAGAAGAAAUGAUGACAGAAUCAUCAUAAUCCAGCUUUUCUUUCUGUCGAGGUUUUCUUAUUUCUUGCAGCUGUGACAUAAAACUGAGCAGACGUGUUUAUUUGUGCACACACACACACACACACACACACACACACACACACGUCUGGUUUAUUAUCCCCGUGGGGACAGUCCAUAGGUGUAAUGAGUUCUAUACUGUACAAACUGUAUAUUCUAUCCCCUAUCCCUAACCCAACCCCUAAACCUAAAGAUCAUAGAACACUUUUUGCAUUUUUAGAUUUUCAAAAAUUAUCAUUCUGUACAAUUUAUAAGCUUUUGUGCCCAUGAGGACCUCAAUUUUGGUCCCCACAGUGACACGAGUCCCCAUGAGUUGUGUGCAUUCAGGUUUAGGUCCCACCUAAACCUAAACCUGCAGUGAUGGCUGCCCACUGCUCCGGGUGUACGUGUGUUCACCACUUGCUGUGCGUGUGUUCACUACUCUCUGGAUGGGUUAAAUGCAGAGGUCACGUGUCGGGUAUGGGUCACCAUACUUGACAAAUAGGUCACUUCACCGGGAUAUACAAACAUGAACACACACACACUAAGCAGGGCUUGACAUUAAGCGUUGUCAUGUGGUUGUCCUUCGGACAAGUAAAUUUACAAGUACAAAUACUACUUGUCCAAAGAUAAAAAAUGAUAUUUCAUUUGAAGUGUCAAUAUAAUUGUUUCGGAUCCUGAUUGGACUAGUUUGCUUCAGUGUUUUACCUAGUGUCCGCUGCGGCCACCUAACUGUGUUAAUACUCUCCGUGACUGCUAUAGCACAAAGGCAAGCAGUAAUUAUUAUUAGUGUCAGGGCUGUAUGUUAACUUUUUGAACAUAGCACUGGUGCUACAGAGGCCAAACAGUUGUAGCACAAGUAUAAAACGUCUGUUGCCAUCAUUAAAAAAUAUGCAAGUGCAGUUCAUCAC